GUGAGGUGCCCGGGGAGACGAGCCGCCCACCAUGAAGGCGAGACGGGGCAAGAAGUGGAACCGCGAAGAGAUCAUGAGAGACGAGCUGAUGGCGGCCACCAUCGGCGACAUCGACUGGCUGCGGCUCAGCCUGGACAAAGCCAAGGGCAAGGUGGCCAUAGACCGCAAUGGCUACAAUGCGAUGCACCUUGCAGCGCUGCAUGGGCGUGUGGAAUGCCUGCAGGUGCUGAUUGAGGAAUACCACAUGGACGUGAACAUGCCCGACGCUCAGGGCCGCCGACCCAUCCACAUGAUCCUCAACAAGGAGAGCGGCUACAGGGCCAAUCAGAGCCUGCAGUACCUGCUGGAGAUCGGGGCUGACCCCAACGUACAGACAGUGGAUGGCCAGACACCUCUUCACCAGGCGGCUGAGGUGGGUCUGCUGGACUGUCUCCAGACCCUGGUGGAGGCUGCGGCCGACGUGAAGGCCCAGAACACGAAGGGACAGACUCCCCUGGACCUGGCCAAGGUGUGGGGUCAUCGCAUCUGCACAAGGUACCUGGCGGACCUAGUGUGGAAAGCCAACGGGACCGAGUACCAGAGGGAGAUGCAGAAGCUGCAGAGGCUGAAGGUGGUCUUGUUCACUGACGAGAAACGGCUGUACAACAUGCAGCAGGAGGAGCAGGAACUGAUGGACAGUGUGCGCUUUGGCCAGUGGCUGGAGAGGAAGGGCCUGCUGCAGGUUGCACGGGUAUCUCCAGCCUUGUACCGGCCGCGGCGCCCAGCCCAGGAGGAGAUGCUAACGUGGCUGCGGGAUGCGUUGGUGGAGAAGCGGGGCGAGGGGGUGAGGGCCGUGCGUGUGACCAGGCCCCGGGAACCGUGCAGGCCAAGGCCCGGGGAUGGGGAGAGGCCCGUGUGCCGGGAGGAGCCGGGCGUGUGCCUGGCCAAGGGGGAGUGGGUGGACGUGGCCGAGCAGCUCCAGGGGCACGACUAUGGCCGCGCCUUCCGCCUGGAGGUGGGCCGGGACGGGGGGGCACUGCUCCGGGCCAAGGCCGACCCCCGCCUGGCCUGGACCCUGCCCCUACUGCCCCUCCACACCCUCCAGCAAGAACUGUUCCCGGGGACCACCUACCAGCGCAUCCGCAUGCCCCAGGAGUUCCAGGCUGUGCACGUCCAGGACCUGCCCAGGAAGCGGGCGGGCAGGGCCGACUGGGACACCAGGGUCAGCCACUGGUGGUACAUGGGCACCCCCUUGCUCGCCCCUCUCACCCCUGCCCUGCCCCGAGAACACACCUCCAUGUACACCACCACCACCACCACCACCACCACCACCACCACCACCGAGCCGCAGAGCCCCCACCCCCCUGAGGACGGGAGGGGGUCGGGUACACCCCAGGGUGGUCUCGGCCCAGAGGGCAUGGAUGAUGCCAGCGGGCAUGAGCAGGCCCCUUCCCCCGACCCACCCCCACCCUGCCCACCGAAGGGGCGGGCUAGGCCGACCACCCUUGCCCCCGCGCCGACCCCCCCGCUGCCGAUCAUACUGCAGGCGGGCGGGCGGGCGGGCAUAGACUCCAGCCGGGCACCGGAGAGAGGCUGGCAUCUGGACCCCAGCAGCGGGAGAUAUCUGGCCCGGCACCAGGCCACGCCGCACGCCAGUGGAGCCCACCGCCCCUGCACCGUGCCAGCCCUCGCCACUAACGCGGGCGCUGCCCACCGCUUUGUUGUAUUCAUUAAACCUUGCGUUACAUGA